UUCAGUUGGAAUCGCGUCGUGGGAGGAGUGCCAUUGACUGCCGGGCCGUCCGAGUCCCGGGGAUGGACUCGCGGCGCGAUGUCCGCGUACCCGUCGGACUACCCAGGGCCGCCGCCGGGCGCCGGGCUGCGGGUCCUCGACCGGGCCCAGCAGGCCGUCCAGGACGCAGACGACAAGGACGGGAAGGCGGCCGCGGCGGCGCCCGAGGACGACGUGUGCUACCACAGCCUGCGGCCCAUAUGGCUCGCCAUGCAGGUCCUGGGCUUCUACCCGAUGCACCGCCUCUGUCGGGGACGCCGCCCCCGGGAGCCGUCGCUGUGGCUGGGCCUGAGCACGCUGCAGUUCGGCGCGGUGGUGGCGUGCAUGGGCCUCGCCGUCGCCGAGGUGCGGGGCCGCGCCGACGAGGACCAGGACUUUGACGGGGUCGUCAUCGACUACCUCGUGUACAUGCAGUGCGCGCUGCCGCUGGCCGUGCUGCCGCUGUACGCCUCGCACAGGUCCGCCAUGGCGCAGUACCUGCGCGACUGGGGCGCGCUGCAGGCCGACUUUGCCCGCGAGUUCGGCCGGUCGCUGUCCUCGUGCCGAGGGUUCGGGCCGCGCCCCUCCUGGGAGAUGGUGACCAUCGUGGGCGUCUUCUCCCUGCUGGUGGCCGGCGCCCAGGCGCUGCUGAACCCCGCCAUCGUGGUGCUCGCCCUGGUGCACUCCACCCUGGUGUCCGCGCUGCUGACCAGCUCCUUCUACCUCCACGGCCGGCUGCUGCGCGCCGCCUCCCGCGCGCUGGCCGACCACCUGGCCCUGGAGCUGCGCCGGCCCGUGCCGCGCGUGGCGGCGGUGGACAACAUCCGCCUGCUGGUGCUGCGCGUCGUGGCGCUGGGCGGCGGGCUGAGCUCCGCCGUCGCCAUGCCGCUCGGGCUGCUGCUCCUGGCGCACUUCAUCCUGGCCACGCUCACGCUGUACGCCGUGCUCGGCCAGGUGUCCUACACGUACGCCGCCCGCCUGCCCUCCCUCGGCACGGGCACAGCGCUCAGCGGGCUGCUGCUCUACCUGGCCUGCGACACGGGCCACCGCGUGGCCAGGGCGGUCAAGCAGCUCGCCGUGGAGGAGCUCCUCGCCUUCCACAAGAGGACCACCGUCAUCGGCGCCGACCUCCGCAAGAUGGCAAAGACGUUCAUCUCCACGGUGCAGGAGGUGCCGAGUGACGUCUCGCUCUCUGGCGUGACCACCUUGAACCGGGGGCUCUUCACCGCGAUGCUGUCCACGAUGGUGACGUAUUUGGUGGUCAUCGUCCAGUUCCGCAUCAGUCUGGAGCAGGCCGGCAGCGACAAGGGCGCUCGCCCAGGCACCGCCAACAGCAGCACAACACUGCCGGGGAACGACUCGGCCAUAGAGCCAACGACGACGACGACGACGACGUUGACGUGGUCGGGCGAAGGCAGCGCCUCCCCGUCGCCCCCGACAACGGUGGUUGACAACACCACCCUGAGCGUCUAGGAAGCGUGGACGCAGCCACAUUCAAUAAAUAGGAAUGGCUGGUUA